GUUUGGCGCGCUGGGUCUGGCGGACUUGAAAAGCGAGUUCUCGGAAUCCAGAGAAGCGCGGAGAUUAAAGGAAAACAAAAAGAAGAAGAAGGAAAAGGAACAUGACGCCGUGAAGAGUUUGAAAGCCGCCAUCAUCAAACUUCAAGAGGAGAAGACGAGUCUUAGCACCGAGGUGAAAAUGAAUGCAGAACAGGCUGCUCAAAAGGCGCAGAUGUUGUCCCAGCUGACGGGGAAGGUCUCAGAAAAGGACACGAUCAUUACCCAGCUGAAAGAGGAGCUGAGCAAGAAGAACCCUUCGUGUUCCAAUGAUGAGGCGAGUCUGAAUGCCCAGAGGACUGCCGAGCUCUCAGCGGAAGCUGUGCGACAGCAGAAGGAGAUUGCGAAUCUCACGGCGGCCCUUUCAGCGAUGAAAAUCAAAUAUCAGCUACUUGAAGAGGAGUUUGGAGAUCCUUCUCUGCGAUUUUUCCUCGCAGCAAAGGCCACGAAGGUCUACCAAGAUCCAGGAAUUCAAGGUGCUGCCAACAAGACCUUCAAAUACGUGCUGCCGCAUGUGUCGGAAGCGUUGAAGACUGGGGAAGAAGUCUAUUCCGCCAUGAACGCUUCAGUCUUAGAAGGGAUACACAGCCUACUCGGCUCCGAAUCUUCGGUGGAACCCUGGUUGCCCUUGGUCUCAGCCUUUCUAGUCUAUGGUAUGAUCUGCUGCCCUGUAGGAGUCGUCCUCACCUAUGUCGUGGAUUUUGUCUGCAGCGUGAAAGAGAUUCUGUUAGCAUGUGGAUUCUAUUUAGUCUGCGUUAGCAUCAUGUCCUGCGGCUUCGUGAUGACAACGCAACGCGACCCCCUCAAGGAGUUGGCCCAGAACGAUCCCUCGAUCUUGCUGCUUCAACAGCUGGGUUUCGCCGCGAUUCUGCUCUUCUAUUUGAUCAUGCUUGGGGUGGUCACUUGCGUCGCCGCAUGUGACGAUAAGCUUCCCUUCAGCGUCAUAAUAACGAGGCUGAUUCAGGCGGCUUUCAUGCUGGUCUUUGCCAUGAGCUACUACCGCUUGGUGUGGACUCCCACCAUGGUGGACGAGCUGCCUCUGGUGGAAGAGAUCUUUUCCAGGGAUGGAAAGACUCCAAGCGUCCUGCCGUACAUGUUGACCGUGGUCGGCUUCAGUGGCAACUUUGUGCUGGAGUGGAGAACAAGAUCUGCGGAAAAGGUGGCGGAAGAGGAGAAGGAUGGGAAAGGUGCUUAG